AUGGCACCAGGCGAACAAAACCUCUCUGUGCUCCUUGCAACAAUGGAGCCUACUCUGGACCCCGCAGUCUACGUGUUUAUCACCACAACCAAGGCCCUGCACUCCCUCCCAUUGGCAACCCUCCAGCCGGCACUCAUCGUCCAGGAAGAGGAGGGCACCACGAUCGUGACGACUGAGGACCUUGCUGCAUCGCACGGCCUGGACGGGGUUUUCCCAUGCAAGAAGAUCUCGCUGACGGUGCACUCGAGCCUAGAGGCGAUCGGGCUGAUUGCAGCAAUCACAAAUCGCCUCAAGGAUCACCAAAUUAGCACGAACGUUGUGAGCGGAUAUUAUCACGACCACAUUUACGUCCCUGCAGAGCGGGCGGAGGACGCAAUGCAGGUUUUGGCGCGGUUGAUUGCGGACGCGCAAAGUUAG